UUCAUCAAGCCUCAUGACAACAGACCAGUCCUAUGAAGAGGGGCAGAGUUCAGAUAACCUCCAACAACUGGGAAGCUCACAACUUCUCCAGAAGGACAGGAACCCCCCAGAUGAAGAGUCUGCUGCUGAGUCUGGCACUUGGUCUGGUUUGCGCCCAGGAACCUCAGCCUGAGCAAGAUCCCUCACAGCUUUCUGGAGCAUGGAAACCCCACUCCAUCACAGCCAGUGACCAAGAGAAGACCCGUGAGAAUGGCCUAUGCCAGGUUGAUGUCCACAGCAUUUUGCUAACAUAGACAAUACGGUGAAUGGAAAAUGUGUAGAAUUAACUACAAAGGGAACAAAGACAGACAACAAGGCUUAUGAUGUUUGACUGUGAAUGUUUAACAGCUAAAGAUGGAGGUAAAGACAAAUUUAAAGGUAUUCACGUCUCCGAAAAUGCCCUCAUAGGAUAUAAUGAAAAUGUGGAUGAUGAAGGCAAGACCCCCAGAAUGACUGCGCUCUUUGGCAAAGGAAAUAAAACUCAAGACGAAGACGUGGAGAAGUUCAAGGAGCUGAUGAGAGAGAAGGGCAUUCCAGAAGAAAGUGUGGUGCACGUCAUCAAAGCUGAUGACUGUCCUAGCAGUGAAUAAAAAGUGACUUUACCGUCGCCAAAGUGGUGUGCCACUGGGGACCAGGCAAAAGAUCUUCUUUAGGGAAUUAAGACCAACAACCAACAUCCCUGGUUCCUGUAUAACCUCAUCUUUUUCUCUCCACAAUCAACCUCCCUUUCCCAUUUCAUCUCUUCUGGUCACUACUCCUAUUGUGUUUGGGGGCUUUUGAUUUCUGAGGGUUCAAAUAAAUUGAUUGACUACA